AUGUUUGGUGUCACAACAACAGUUUCACAUUAAGUACAUUUAGAGCUUGCAGGAUUCCAUGAAUAUAGAUAUGCAGUCAAAUUGUAACAAUCCCCUUCUUUUAAUGUAGCUGCAUCAGUUGCAGUGCAAGAACCAUUAACAGUUGAACAAACAUGGUAUUUCUUUUAGUCCCAAGUGUAUUUGAAACACCUAACACCAUCAGAAAAGCUUUUAAUCUGGAUGAACAUUCUGAUAAUAUAGUGA